CAUGGGCACAAAUGUGUUCUGUUGCCUAGAUACAGGGGUUGUCUCACAUUACCCAGUGUCUCACUUUACCUCACUCUCCCUAUUCAGUUACAAAUUGGUGCCACUGCAACAUCACCAAUUUAGUUGUUUGUCUCUUUCAGAAUCAUGAGUAAGAACUUCUUGUCUAUAAAUGAACAGCUCAGUAUGGGCCAAUUUCUGAUGUCCAACAACGGGCAAUAUAAGGCUAUCUUCCAGGAUGAUGGUAACUUUGUUGUCUAUGCCGUUUCCAAUAGCCCACACAAGGCUGUGUGGGCCACGGGCACUGACGGAUCAGACGCUGUCCGCGUGAUCAUGCAGGCUGACGGCAACCUGGUCAUGUACAACCAAGCGGACCAGCCCAAGUGGAGCUCGGGGACAAAUAUCAAUGGAACGUGCGACAAGUGCCGUGUUGAACUGACCGAUUGCGGCACACUGGAGCUGACCAGAACCGUAACUGUCAUGUGAAGAUUAUAUCUUCACAUGACGUCACAAAGCUUUGUUAAAUUGAAUGCUUUGCAAGUACAAGUCAUCUUUGAAUGUCAGUGUGAACAAUAAU